AGCCAUCAGGAAGUUUAGUGGAAAAGGUUUUUGGGGUUUGGGAAUUAGAGAGAGCAAUAGAGAAGAAAGAAACAAAGCUUCUGAAUUGGAGAACUCAACAAUGGCUGCCUCAGCAUCCACUUCGUCUUCUUCAGAGGAAGAGAUAACAUUGACGGUGAAAUGGAGCGGAAAGGAAUACACUGUACGAGUCUGUGGUGAUGACUCUGUGGCUGAGCUCAAGCGUCGAAUCUGCGAGCUUACUAACGUCUUGCCCAAGCGCCAAAAGCUUCUUUAUCCCAAAGUCGGAUCCAAACUAGCCGAUGAUUCGAUUUUGCUCUCUCAGCUUCCCCUCAAAUCAUCUCUCAAGAUGACCAUGAUCGGAACUGUUGAAGAUGAUAUAAUCGUGGAUCAAGUGGAUUCCCCUGAAAUUGUUGACGAUUUUGAACUUGGGAAAGAUGAAGUCAUUGAUAUUAAGGACAAGGAUGUCAAUAAGCAGAAACUGAGAAGGCGUAUUAGUAUAUACAAGAUAGAACUUCGCAAUCCAUGUCGUGAAGGAAAGAAAUUGCUUGUUCUGGACAUUGAUUAUACACUCUUUGAUCACCGCUCUCCAGCUGAAAAUCCUCUUCAACUCAUGCGGCCUUUUCUUCAUGAAUUUCUGACAGCUGCCUAUGCUGAAUAUGAUAUCAUGAUAUGGUCUGCAACCAGCAUUAGGUGGGUUGAAUUGAAGAUGGGCCAGCUUGGCGUUCUCAGUAAUCCAAACUACAAAAUCACUGCCCUUCUAGACCAUUUAGCUAUGAUCACAGUUCAGUCAGAUUAUCGUGGGACCUUUGAUUGCAAGCCACUAGGCUUGAUUUGGGCACAGUUUCCAGAGUUUUAUAGUUCGAGAAAUACAAUAAUGUUUGAUGAUCUUCGGAGAAAUUUUGUAAUGAAUCCACAAAAUGGGCUGGUGAUCAGGCCAUUCAGGAAAGCUCAUGCUAAUCGUGACACUGACCAAGAGCUAAUGAAGCUCACUCAGUACUUGCUUGCCAUUGCGGAACUCGAUGACUUGAGUCAUCUUGAUCAUAACAACUGGGAGCUAUACUCUGAAGAUGGUCCCAAAAGACGGCGGCAUGCAUGAGUAACAGUUCUAUUUCGUUCUAUCAUCAACUAGUUGAGUUUUACUUUUUCAGGAGGUGCUGAUAGGGAUUUGGAUUUGAAGGGCUGUUUUGGUGAAAUGGUGUAAACUUGGUGGAAUAAUUUUGAGAUUGUGAUAAAUAUGAACAUGUACUAUAUCUAUAUUUUCUAUGAUUGCAGAUAUAAUUUGCUUUUGGGAGAUAGAGCUUGGAGUUAUUUAUAUUUAUAUAUACACACACACAAGGGCAGGCAAAGACAACCAUGCUUUCUCUCUUUCCAUAUUGAACAUUUAGCUAUAAUUGGUAACUAUUCAUAUAUAUAUUUGGCUCAUCAUAAUGAAACUUUUGUACUUUUGCUCAA